GCCGAACAUGCGAGCACCUCGAUGGGCUUUUCCUAACCUUGCAAACCCGCCAUGCUGUGACUUCUGUAGGGCACCAGGCAGGAUUCCUGGAUUGGGUGAAGGUCUUGCUGACCUAGGCCAUCUUCUCCCGCCCAUCGUGCACUCAAUAUUCGAAGCAUUCCACAACAUACACUACCACUACCAGUUGGGCUUGGACACAGAAAGCGAAGACCUGUACUUUCUGGCUCAAGAAAUAGAAGGUCUUUCGCGACAUGUGCGCAAACUCUACAGAGCCUUCCCAGACAUGAUUGAGCUCGCCUUGUGGGCAGAUCAACUCAAGUGCUUGGGAAGAGAUAUUCAGAUUGGACCUCGGCGUAUUCGACAUAGCCCAAUGUCCAGAAACCGAUACAAUCGCGGGUAUCCAAUGCCCCAGAUUGCCUGCUAGACACCAGUGUAGACAGUUGUCAUUUGUAUCAGAGUGCAUUCUCCAGCACGGACAUCUCUGUUCAG